AAAUCCACUCCUCCUCACGCAAUACAGCGACACAUGCCUGCUCAGCUUCCCACUCGCAAAAUCGGCGACGCCCAUGUCACCGCGAUAGGUUUCGGUGCAAUGGGCCUAUCUGCGUUCUAUGGUAAGCCUCUUCCCGACGAAGAACGUCUAAAGCUCCUCGACGCCGUCUACGAACAGGGCUGCACAAACUGGGACACGGCCAACAUGUACGGCGACAGCGAGGAGCUCCUCGGCAAGUGGUUCGCGCGCACCGGCAAGCGCAGCGACAUCUUCCUCGCGACCAAGUUUGGCGCCGGUCCCAGCCCUGGCGGCUCGCCCGAGUACAUGCGUGAGCAAUUUGCGAAAUCUUUGCGCCUCCUCGGCACGGACUACGUCGAUCUCUACUACCUGCACCGCAUGGAUCCGACGAUCCCCAUCGAGGUCACAGUCGGCGCCAUGUCCGAGCUCGUCAAGGCGGGCAAGGUGCGCCACCUUGGUCUCUCAGAAUGCUCCGAAGCGACGCUACGCCGCGCAUACGCCGUACAUCCAAUCUCGGCGCUGCAGGUCGAGUACUCGCCGUUCACGCUCGACAUCGAGAACGACAAGAUCGGACUGUUCAAGGCGUGCCAGGAGCUCGGCAUCACGAUCGUCGCGUACUCGCCGCUCGGCCGCGGGCUCAUCACUGGCCAAUACAAAUCGCCAGAUGACUUCGAGCAGGGCGACUUCCGGCGCAUCAUACCGCGGUACUCGCGCGAGAACUUCCCGAAUGUCCUCAAAGUCGUCGAAGACCUCAAGACGGUCGGUACAAAGUACGGCGCGACGCCCGGUCAGGUCGCGCUCGCGUGGCUGCUCGCGCAGGCAGACAACGUGAUCCCCAUUCCUGGCACUACAAAGGAGAAGUACUUGAAGGAGAAUCUGGGCGCGCUAAGUAUCAAGCUCUCGUCAGAGGACUUGCAGGAGGUGCGCCGGGUUGCGGAGGAGGCGGAUGGCUCCAUGGGCCUGCGUUACCCUGAACAGUUGAUGAAAGUCACCUUCGCAGAUACGCCUGAGCUGCAAUGAAGUAGUAUGGCGCCGACCAUGCGAGCGGUCUGGGUGUGUAUCCCAGACCAUGUAUACACCAACAAUAUAUGCAGCUCAGUCAGCUAGUGGUCUUCUGUAGUGUAUUGCAAGGUUCUGGUUUGCGAUUUGGCAAUUUUUAUGCGGAACAGUCAAAU